AUGUCUGGCUGUGAAAGUGGCAGGAAGAAGCCCCUGAAACAGCCCAAGAAGCAGGCCAAGCAGAUGGAUGAGGAAUAUCAGGCUUUCAAGCGGAAAGGAAAAGAAGAACAGAAGAAACUCGAGGAGCCGAAAGCGAAGGCCACGGGGGAGGGGCCCCUGGCCACAGGUGGAAUUAAGAAAUCUGGCAAAAAGUAA